CUGACCGGCCACUCCAGCGUCACACGACAAGCAGCGCAUAUUGUCUCUGUCGCACACCGAACACGAAUGCAGGCAGCGCAGAGGUGGCACAGUGCUGCCGUUCUCAGCACCGGCAUUCGCUUCACCUGUGGCUCGAAAAGCGCGAUCCAAUGAUUCCGCUUGUGAUAUGCAAGUGGAUGCACAGCGCUGCGGCUGGCGAGGUGCCGUACGGUUCGUGCGCUGCGCUUCAGACCAGAGCAUUGAGCGCCACCCUCCCACCCUCGGCACACUAUGUACAGUCAGUCUGGUCAGUCUGCUAGGCACGGCAUGCUCCUGCCCUCUGCCCUCUGCCUGCGCCUUCGCUCCUUCCUUCGGCCUGCCGUCCAAAUGCUCGCGCUUGACGUCCAACACCCCACGGCUCAGCUUUGUACAACACCGCUUUUGGUCCCUUGCGGAGAGGACGCCAGACGACAUCGACUUACCAACCACUGAUCCUGGGAACACCUCAUCUCCUUGUGACUUGACGUCUAUUGUUGUGCAGCCUAAUCUAACCGUCCCUCAUUUGCACUCUCUUCACUUCACUGCAUCUGACGACUUCACUCCUCUUCGCCCGCUGCGCUGGCUUGACUCACUAUCGCGCGAUAUAUCCAAGGACAAGUGAGGCAGACAUUGCCGUCCCUCAACUCGCAUUCAACAUCACAACUUUCACCGCAAUUUCAAUUCCGCUCCGAGUGCAUGCCUUCACAUCGACCACAUCGACCAAACACAACAUCUUCAUCGACCUCGCAUCUUC